AUGACAUGUCAAAUAUACAAAUUACUAAAUUCAAGGAUCAAUCAUCAAUAGGAUGAAAGAUAGUAUUUUAUUUAAUUUAAAAUGAUAGAAAAGUAUGUUAUGCUGUAAACUUGAUUGCAGAACAUAUAUAAUUAGAAAAGAAUUAUAAAUGCAAAUAUCAAAUUAAAGAAAUUGCAUAAUUGAUUAUGAAGACCAUAUUGAUAUUAAUAGACAAAUUCAAUUACUAAUCAUAUUAGAUUGGUUAAUAAAGACAAGUAACUAUUUGACUAAGGCCAUUCAUUCAAACUUUUAUUUAAUGCUUAAAAAUAGUAUCCAAAUUUUGCAGAUGUGAAAAUUAAUUUUCAACUCUCUCUAACACAAUAAUUACUGGAAGACUAUAAAAGAUUUAUUCUUUUGAAUAUAGUGAGAAUUAUAUUUAAUACACGACUUGAUGUUAAAUACUAUAAAAUCAAUUUAAUCAAAGAUUUUAAUGAAUUUCUUACCAUAUUAUUUUUUUGCUUAUUAAAAGAAGGAUUAAAUGUAAAGAGAAUUAUGAUUUUAUUUUGA